AUGAAGGUCAUCACAGGCCUGCUCAGCCGCUUCAAACCGAAGACGUUCAAAAUCAGCUACGCUCCUGAGUACAAGACGUUCCUCCAGCACCAUGCCGUGGGCGACCCGCUGCACCCAAUGCACAUCUUGCGCAGGCGUGAGAUGGAAGCACGCAAACGAGAAGGUCUGUGGUGGCAUGUCACGACUGGCGUUGACCUCUCCAAGUCCGGAGUUGUACGCUCGUGGUGCAGGAGGCGCUUGCGCAAUGCCUUCACCGAAGGUCUGAAGGAGCGCGGCUUCGAUGAGUUCGGGAGAUUGAUGAACGCGGCUGCUUUGCCCGAGUAUAGACGACUUGAACGUACUUCGGAGCGGAAUGAGGACUGGAGUCUGACGGGGAGCGUGCGAUUGCACAUCGCUCCUGCGCUGGUCACGGCCAGAUAUGCGGAUAUGAGGGAAGAAACGGACGCCGUCGUCGCGAUCCUGCUUGAAGGAGUCAAAGCUGACAUGUUUUCGUCGCACCACUCCAUUCCUCCUCCGAAGCCGACCCGACCGCAAUCAAGGACCUUUUCGCAGUCCAGAAUCCCUUCGCGAUCAAAACCGCUGGAGCAAGCAGAAUCACAAGUGCAACCGAAGACGUAUUCGCGGCAGGAAGUACUGUCGCAAUUCGAACUACCUUCGCCACUAAGAGCACCUUUGUCAAACAUCCGAUUCCAAUCGACUCCUUCGACCCCUAUACCACAAAUGAAACCCGCAGUCCGCAAGACAAUGCAGUCAAAUGGCAGUUGGAAAUCUCGUUGGCAUGGGUGGGAUUCUCAUUGA